CAAUUCAGUUCUCUUUGCUGUUGUUUCCUAGAGGACCACUGGCUGGGUCUGAGUAAGGUGUUUGCUCUAACCAAGGGGGGUCGGGGGCUGAGAUCGACCAUGUGGGUCGAUCUGUGGGACUUUGAAGGGGGCACUGCCUUCGCUGAGUACAGUGACUUCCGUCUGGGCACGGAGAAGGAGGCCUAUAAGCUGAACGUUGGAGCCUACAGGGGCAACGCAGGUGACGCCAUCCGUGGGAAAUACGCCGGCAUUGACCAAAAUGGCUUUGGCUUCAGCACAAACGACAAGGACAAUGAUGGCUGCUCGCCCUGCAUCUUUGGCGACAUCGCCGAGAACACGUGCAGCUUCUCGGAGGGAGGAGGAGGGUGGUGGUACAGUCGCUGUGGCUCUGCCAGCCUAAACGGAGACUGGCACCCCGCCGGCGAACACAUCGGCUGGGCCUCCGGCCUCCACUGGGAGACCUGGAAAGGACCUGCCCCAUACUCGGCCCGAGCGAGCCGCAUGAUGUUCAAGGCUGUGUGGAAGAAGAUUAUUACAGCAAACUAAUACGAAAACGAAUC